AUGAGAUCCAGGUUUAGGGGACGUUGUCAUCGAAGUUAUUGUGAAGUUGAUGAAACUCACCUUACAGUUCUGAAUGACAAAAAUGAAAGAGGGAGGUGGAAACUCGAAAAUGAUACAGUUAGUGAUUUGUUGUAUAUAUGUUCUAUUCUCCUCGUCGGCAUUGCGUUGUCGUUGUCGACGCCGCCUUUCGGUCAUCAACGUCCGCAUUGUCCUGUGCUCGUUGGCGUUGAGUUCUAUGUAUUUGCGCUGUGUCCGCAUCUGUUAUCGAGAGAUGAGUGUGUAUGGCGUGGAGGUCGACGUGUGGCUGAUUUGUUCUCUGCUUGUGUUGAGCUCGAAGUUGUAAUUGUCAUGGUAUACGAGUAUCAAUUUGGGACUUUCUAUACAGACGAGUGA